AUGACAACAGAAAAGGUUGCGAACAUAAUCGACCACGUGAUUGAGCAACAGCAAAUCGGCCACAUUGGUAACAAUCAAUUUGUGAAAAUGGAGCAUGAGCCGGAUGAACAGGCUUCCACCUCCUUUAAACCUGACACUCCAACUCCGGAAAUCCAGAUAAAUUCUUUGUUUCAACAGUCCUCGAUCCCGCCUAACAAUCAGCCAGGACAGACGGUGGUUGAAGGCGGACGGCCUAUGAAACGGACUUAUUUAUUGAUGAAGGUAAGGUCAUGAGCAAUAUUGGGGGAAUUGGGUCUCUAACAAACCAUUUAAAGUUAGAAUAGACCAAAAAUGCCGUCUAUUGUGAAUGAUAAGCCUUCCUUUUCCAGGAGUUCAACUCAGAUGAAGAAUGGCGAACGUUUUAUGUGACCGAAAUGGAACACUGGGCCAAGAAACGUGUGGCCAAACAAUGCAUCGAAUAUGAAUGUCGUUUGAAACGAAAAGGCUGCAAAAUGGCUUUGCGUUUAAUCAACGGCCCAAAUGGUCGUCCAUCAAAGGCUUUGAUUUCGGCUGGUGAUCACGAUCACACUACGAUGAGGCCGAGCUUUUCCAGUGAGAUACGCGCAGUUAUUGAUAGAUGUAUUGAGGAGAAUUACAAUGUAAAGCCGUUGAUGGUUUGUGAAACUUUGAAGGUGAGGCUUUUUUAGAGUUAUAGGUAGAGCAGGGUAGGUUAGGGUAAGGUAGGGUAGGAUAGGGUAGGGUAGGGUAGGGUAGGGUAGUAUAGGGUAGGGUAGGGUAGGGUAGGGCAAGGUAGGGUAGGGUAAGGUAGGAUAAGAUAAGGAAGGAUAACGUAAGGCUAAGCAAGGUAACGUAAUGUAAUUUGUAAAAACGCAAAGAUUUUCAGGACCAAGGCUAUGGCACUGUAAGCAGAAAGCAAGUUCAUCACUACCUCCAACGAAUUCGAAAAUGUGACGAAGAAUCCUACAACAUUAACGACAAUGUAAGCUUGCCCACCCAACCGGUAGAACAAUCCAUCUCCGUGCUCAGCGCACGUCAUCCAAAGUACGAAGAACCGGAAGAGAAGUACUCGAAUGCGCCUGAAGAUAGCCAACAACAACCUCAUUACGAACCACAAAGCUCCUCUCUCCAACAACAACAACCUCCGCAACAGAACGGCCAAAGCUACACGAUAGCACAACCUCAGCAGUACAAUCGUGCUACUGUAUUCUCAUCACAAAAUCAAAUUAUUUACUCGAGUCCGGCGGUUCAAGCCUUGAUCAAUGCUCUACCACAGCAACAAACCAAUGUGCAGCAGCUUCAGCCUUCUCAACUACAACAAGUUAUUCAUAACCCGGUACUGUCGACACCGAUUCUUGUACAUGGUAAUGGCAUCGAGGAGCAACGGUACGUGUUGCAGACACAGCCGCCUAUUGUGAAUGAUAAGAACUUUAUGUGUAUGACGGUUAGGGCGCAGAAGGUUGAAGUGGAAAGGUUACCGGAUAAUGUGCAUAUUUUGAAGAUUUACCAGUAG